AUGACUCACACUCUCCCCGACCUUCCUUACUCUUACGAUGCGCUCGAGCCCUUCAUCUCGCGCCAGAUCAUGGAGCUUCACCACAAGAAGCACCAUCAGACCUACGUGAACUCGCUCAACGCUGCUGAGGCUGCCUACGCCAAGGCGUCCUCCCCCAAGGAGCGCAUCGCUCUCCAGGCCGCCCUCAAGUUCAACGGUGGUGGACACAUCAACCACUCUCUCUUCUGGAAGAACCUCGCUCCUGCCGCAUCUGAGGGCAAGGGCAACGGUGGCGCGCUCAAGGACGGUCCUUUCAAGACUGCCCUUCUUGAGGCGUUCGGCUCCCUCGAUGCGUUCAAGAAGGAAUUCAACACCACCACCGCUGGCAUUCAGGGCUCCGGCUGGGGCUGGCUCGGCCUGAACCCCCAGACCAAGAAGCUCGAGAUCGCGACUACAUCCAACCAGGACCCUCUCCUCACCCUCGUCCCCAUCAUCGGUGUCGACGUCUGGGAGCACGCUUACUACCUCCAGUACCUCAACGUUAAGGCUGACUACCUCUCCGCCAUCUGGAGCGUCAUCAACUUCGACGAGGCUGAGGCUCGCUACAACGCUGCCCUCGGCGGUGUUGACCCUGCCACCAAGCUCUAACUCUUGACCGAUCGCACCGCGACAUCGCCGGCAUGUACAACUUGAGUGUAAAUUGACUGAACAGCUUACCUGUCAAAUCAAAUACCACAAAGUAGGGCGUUGGUGGCUGUCUGAUUAUGGGGAGGGGUUUGUAGAUGGAAGAAGAAAGUGACCUUGUACCUGUAUCGUUCAUGAAAGUUGAAGAAAAUCGAAUGCUUGGGUUUUCGCAAAACGGGCCCCGUAGAUGUUCUACACAAGAUGAUGGACAUGCCAGUUGUUCGAUAUUAUAAUACACUGACUCUAGACUCCGCCUGCAAGUCCAGCAUGGUGCUUCAAGGUCAGACUGUCCGAAUCUACCCAGCCCGUCUCGGACCACCACACUCUCGGUACGAUGGUAUAGAGCUCCCUCACGAUCUCCCUCAUAGUAUGGCUCUGCAUCCCAUAUACGUGCAGCGUCUCAAUUCGCUCGCUCGACUUGCUCCGAUUGCGCGCGUGGAUCACGUCCCGAAGCGCGCGAAACAGUGGCUUCUUGUCCCUUUCGCCAAACUCAACCGCGAGCAUCGUCAGCUUGGGGAGCAGCGCGCGGCGGGGUUUACGCCGCCUUUCCGAGUCCCGCGCAGGCUCUGCAGCGAGCGCGGACACGGCCUCUAGUGAGGUCGAAAGGAGCUCGAGGUGGACGAGCUCGGGCGCGGAGCGAAAGAGCGUGCCCCAGCGCGGGACCGGGCCGGGCACUUCGAGGUCGAGACGCCACGCGUCCGAGAAGGGCAGUCGACGGAGAACCUCUGACAUGGCCGCGCUGCUGAGCGGGUCUGACCCGAGGAAACAGGACAGCUCGCCGAUGAGGUCCGCACGGUCUGGGCCGCACCAGGCGCGAAUGGAGGCGCGGGCGUCGAGCGAGACGUCGAGCGCGUCUGAGGUACGUCCCGCGCGGCGCGCGUUCUCGAGGUGGUCGCGGAGGUAGGCGACCACGGAAAGGAAGGUGUCCUCUGACCAGUCAAUUUGGCGGUCGGCGGCACCGCAUUCGGCGACGAGCGUGCAGGUCGCGGGGAGGGAGAGUGCGGAGAGAAGGGCGUGGCACGCCUGGAGGUCGUCAUCGACGCGGAGGAGGCGGAG